AUGGAUCGGUACCUUUUAAUAUUAUGCUUCAUUACUGCAGUUCGGAGUCUAAAUUUAAAUAUAAGAAAUCUUCACGCUAAAUUUGACGUUCAACAAAAUUUUGUGUACGUUAGUUGGACGGCUCCAAAAGUUAGAGACGGUAUGUAAAGCCGAAUUUUACUUAAUGUAAAAAUUCCAAGCCAAAAAAUAUUAACAAUAAUUGAUGAUAAGAAAGAAAUAGCUAAAAAAAAUCUUUGAUUUUUUAUUUUUUAUAUUUCAGAUGUCCAAUAUCAAGUAAAAUAUAGAUUAUCAAACAGAGACUAUCCAGGAAAUGAAUGGCAUUAUUCCAGGGUACGAGAAACAGAAGCCCCAUUAGAUCAAAUAAAAAAUUUAAAAAACGGAGAUGAAAUUGAAGUACAUGUAAGAGUAUUGCUCAAUUUGUUAUUAGAAUAUUUCUUUCCAGAGUUGAAACAUUAAAAAUUAGAGUAAUAAAAUUGUAAGUGACAAUAUUAAAAUUAAUUUUAAAAAUUUUAAAACGUCAAAAAUAAAAUACAAGUCUUUAGGUAAAAUCGGAACUAGAUGGAGCAAAUUCAAGUUUACCGCUGAUAAUUAAUGUGAUAAAACAAGUAAAUGUUGAUGGUCUUAUUUUAAAAGAAGAUGAUUUUUUACCUCCGUUAAACUUUCAAGCGCUUGUUCUUGAUCCUUACUCUGUAAGAUUAGAGUGGAAACCAUAUAAUUUGAAAGAGAAUGCAUUUUAUAUAGUUAACACAAAACAGCUAACGCCUUAUGGUCAAGAAAACCUCUUAAGACAACAGGUAAGCUUAAAAAAUAACGCUUAAUUAAUUGCUGCUCCUUGUUAUUCAAUUUAUUUAAACUUAUUCAAAUAGCAAAAAACGUUUUCCUAACUGAAAGAAAUUCUCAAAAUAAUGUUUUUAUUUAUAAUUUUAUCUUCACAGAGAAACUUUUUAGGUUAAAGUUAAAGAUACAUUUCUUUUGCUUAGAAACUUAGAGCCAGGACAUAAGUAUGAAUUUACUAUUCGCACUGCAACGACUUUGGAUCAAACAUCCAGUACUGCAGCAAUUGUUGAAGUUAGUAUGCCAGAAGGUAGGCUUUAUUACAUUAUUUGUUGUUUAAAAACAUUCAAAUCAUAAAAAUUUAUGUGUUUUAACAAUUUAAAAUUUAAAACGUUGGGCUUACGCUUUAAUUUUUUAAGUAUAAAAAAGAAAAAAAUUUACAGUUGACAAGUUGUAUGAAGUAGGAAAUUUAAUAAUAACCAGUAAAUUCAAUAUUGAUAACACGGGUGUUGUAAACCUUACAUGGCAAAUUCCACCAAACAUGAAAGACCAAAUCCGAAAAUAUUACGUGGAAUACGCAGCAGCAUCAGACACCGAUUGGAAAAGUUUGACUUUUGACGGUAGUAACCCAACAAUAAUUCUUAAGGACUUGAUCAGGUGUGCAAUAUAAAGCUUGUAGUUAUAUAAAUUUACCUUUAAAUUACAAAAUGUUUUUUUUAAAUAACUUAUAUUAAUGCUGAAUUAAUUUCAGUGAUACUACGUACUCUCUCAAAAUACGGACAAUAUUAUCAAACAACUUCGAGACAGAUAGCGGGACAUUCACGUUUAAAACCCCAAAGAUUCCAGAAAAUCUAAUAAAAAACGUUGAUGUAAUAUACUCAAGCGAAACGUCAGACGUCAAGAUACAAUGGGAGCUUAAAACGUAUGUCGGUUACAAGAUAAUGAAAAAAAUUAUUAGAAAAAAUUUUUUUCUGAUAAAACCCAUGCAGCUGCAGGGCCCUGUAUAACAAUAUAACUUUUAAAGGACCACAGACCAUCAAUCGUUUGCCCCCACUUUUCUUGAUUUACUAGUUAGCAAUGAACUUUUUUCGCGCCAAGAGUAAGCGGGUUCACUGAAUAAAUGAUUUUCUUUAUCUGAAAAUAACCCGCUCACGUUUUGCGCCAAGUAAGUUCAGUCUCUUGAUUUCUCGAAUGAAAAGGCAGAGCACUUAUGGUCUGGAAUUUUUGAAAUAAUUAUAAAUUUUAGAGGAUGUGUUACAUAGCAAAAAAACGCGUAAUAAAUAAAACUUUCAGCGAAGUAAGCAGCAACUUAAUUAAUGGAUACGUAGUUUAUAUAAACCAGGACCUAAAUGCCAAAGAACAUACAUGGCGUCGUAUUCAACAUAAUUCACCAGAAAAAUCGAUUUCAGUUUCUGGACUGCUCACAGAUACUAUUUACUAUGUUAGAAUACUGCCUAUCUUAAAUGAUGGAACUGAAAAAGCAACUACAAUAGUUUAUAAAUUUACUACUCUAUCUCAUCAGCCUAUAAAAAAUCAGAAAAGAAAUCGCCGACAUAUAAAAUAUGGUGAAAAACUGAUAAUGAAGAAAUAA